AUGGCUUCAUCCCGAGAAUCUUCGCCCGCGACGUCUACUUCACCAAUGGAGUUAACACCCAAAUCAAAAAUAAGAGCAGACCUUGCGGCUGCAGGAUUGGGUAGUUCUGAUGAAGAGAGUGUGUCCGGAAACGCGAGAAAAAGAUUAGCCUCGCGAAAACCAAAGCCAAACAGCUCAAAACCGGACACAUCUAAUGCCAAUUCGCAAUUAACCUUCCCCAGCAGGAAAGAAGGGUCGAUUGAGGUCGAAAGCCAGAGUUCUUCAGACGAUGAAGAUGUGUCAAGGCCAAGGGGCCGAAUGGCCGCACGCAUGCGAGCUGCAUUGGACGGAUCAGACGACGAUCAGCUUGUUGUGAAUAAUCCGAGGGAAAGAGUCAAGAGAUUGUUGAAGAAGAAACCAAGGCCCGAGUCACCGAAGGUUGCAGAUGAUGAUAGCCAGACUGAUGAAACUGGCACGCCAGUCAUUCCGCGAAAGCACAUGAUGGAACCUUCACUUCCCCAGACACCUGUUCAAUCAACUCCUCAACAAGAAUCUACCUCGCCAGGGCUUUUUGUUACACCCAAUGCUGGCAGAUCAGCCACUCCACAAGCUGACCCCGAAGGAUUGGAUGGCGUUUCAAUGAACUCAACAUCGGUAUCAAACAAACUCCGGGCUCUGGUUGAAAAGAAGCGCCGAGAACUACGCGCGAAAGAGGUAGAAGAGACAAAGAAGAAGGUCACGAAGGCAGCAGAAAGGAAACGACAGACCGCAUCAAUCGAGGAAGAUGACCAAGAUAGCACCGAAGAUGAGGGAGAGCAACGACUUACACAACAGAAUCGCCCUACCCGCAAGGCAAGCAAGAGGGCCAUUGAGGAGAUGAACAAAGAGACCCAACGGAUGAGCCGGAACAUGCAAUUAGCACACAACCCUAUAACCAAGAAAAAAAUCACGAAACAGAGUUUGUUUGCUAAAUUCGGCUAUAAACAAGCUGGGGAGCCUAAUGCUACUUCUUGGGAUCCUGUUAGACCAACGAGUUCAAGUCCUCCACCCGCACCACAAUCUGAUGUUAAGAUGCAGGAUACGCCACCCACGUCUCCACCAGAUGAUAUGGACAUUAAAGAAAAACAAAAAUCCGCGGAACCUCCUCAGGUGGUAAGCACAACUAUGGAUAUGGUAGGCGAAGAAGAUUUACCAACUCUCGAGGAAGUUUUAAAGACAUCGCCACCUUCUCGGAAAGAAAAGGGCAAAGGAAAAGCUGUACAUUCGGAGUUGCCUGAAAUCUCAACGGAGAAGAAGUCUGUCUUCAAGCAACGGCCAAUUCGGGUACGACCAGCGAAGGUCGAUACAGGUGACUUGGAGCUUGAUUCGGAUAGUGAUCUUGAGAUUGUGAGAGUAAAGAAAUCUGCUCGCGAUGCAAAGCUAGAUGCAAUAUUUAAUCGCAUUCCAGAGAAACAAGCCCAAGAGCCUCAUUCAAUGGUGGCAUUACGGAUGCUUGCACAUCUUAGAUCGCCUGGAAAGCAAAAUACAGGAAGAAAUCAGAAAUCUUCAAUGACAGCUCAAGACCUACAGAAUAGCCUACAGUUAAAGGCAAGGCAACAAGCUCACCGAGAACGGGAGGAGAGACUCCAAGCUCUGAGAGAUAGAGGAAUUAUCGUACAGACUUCUGAGGAACGUGAAAAAGAAAUGGCCGAAGUUUAUGACUUGCUCGCGAAAGCUCGCCGAGAAGGAGAAGAGAUCCAGGCGAGAGAGAAGGCAGCUGCUAAAAAGGAGCGAAAAGCCAAUGGUGAACUAGACCCAUUUGACGAUAGCAGUGAUGAUGAGGAUUGGUCAGAAACAAAUGAAGUACCAGAAGAGGAAGAAGCUUCCGGCUCAGAUGAUAAUGAGCACGAAAACUCCAAAAACGAAGAAAGUGGUGAAGGCGAAGAUGAAGAGAUGGAGGAAGAGGAGGAGACAGCUCAUAGUGCAGCACCCAACCCCUUUUUCGACAAUGAAGCAGGGGAAGAUGAAGAAUCUGAAAUUGACCUUUCUAUUCCAGAAGACCCAGUGGACCCUAUGGAUGCUGAGGAAGAAGAAAUAACUCUCUCUGUUCACCGGAAGCCCAGAAGAUCGAACGUUAUCUCUGAUGACGAGGAAGAAGACUAUAUCCUUACAAAGACGCCAAAAGCCCCGCGGACUCUAUCUUUGACACAGGAACAGAUCGAUUCACCAGUAGUCCCGACGUCGGUUCUUCGCUCAGCGACCAAAACAUUCAUACCUGGUUUAACCGUAACGGGCCCGGCUGGACUCGGUCUUACACAAAUAUUCCAGGGUACAAUGGAUGAUAGCCAGGACGUUUUUAGAGCAUCAAAUCCAGAGUCACAAACGUUUAAUAAAAGGGGAACCUCCAUGGAUUUUCUUCGCCGACGAGCUUUGCCAGAGCUGCCUGAUUUUGUUCCCACUAUGAAUGAUGAGGAGUCACAAGACAUAGUGGUGGACAGCCAAACUCAAAUAGCAGCAUCGCAACCAGCCGAUAGUGAGACUCAAGGAAUUCACAUUUCAUUCUCACAGUCACAAAUACAUGAUUUUGACAGCUUGGUUGAGAAUCCAUUAUCAACUCAAGUAUCCGAUUUCCCAAAUACACAGGACGAAGGAUUUUCCAUGAUCACACCAAUCAAAUCCCGAUUUAUGGAUCCACCUUCAACAGCAGGCACGUUUAGAAUGGAGUCCCAGUUUACUCAAAUUUCUGUCGACGAUAUUGAAGAAAUACCUCUCGUGAAAAGGAAAGGAAAGCUCCGCCGAAGAGCCCAAGUUUACUCUGUUUCCGAAGACGACGAAUCAUUGGACGCUGUGAAAGUGUAUCAAAAUCAAAAUGACGAUUUUGAAAUUAGCGCCAACGCUUUUGAUGUCAUGCGAAAAGCCGCCAAAAAGAAGCCGAAGGCGCCAGAUAAUUUCGAUAAGAAGAAAAGCGAUGCUAAGAACAUGGUCAAUGAACAAGCCGAGGAAUCAGAAGAUGAGUAUGCUGGAUUAGGUGGUGCAAGCGACGAUGAAAGUGGUGGGGAAGAGGAUGCUUUUGUCAAGGAAAUGAUAGAUGACGAAAAGAAGGAUAUUGACGAGAGCGAACUUGCCAAAUUUUAUGCUGACCGCGAAAGAGCAAAUGACGAGAAGCAAAUAGAAAAGCUUUACAAUGAUAUCUCCAAGGGCAUGCUUCGCCGCAAACGUGGUGCUGAUUACGACCUUUCGGAUUCAGACGAUGGUGGAGAGGCACGUAAGCGUCGAAAACGUGCAGCGGAGGCCAAGCUGCGCAAGGCUUUACUUGCAGACGAAAAAAUCGGGAAGAUUGCACAGAAUCCCAAAAAAGAGGCUUUUCUUCGUGCUAUCGAGGAUCGAGGAAGUGACGAUGAGAUGGGUUUUCUGGAUGAUUUUCAAGAAAAAGAUGAUACUUCUGACUCACAGUCUCAAACUCAAAACGACGAAUCUCAGCAGGCGCCAGAGAACCAGACUGGAGAAGUCAUGGGUCCUCCCCCGACGCGUAAGCAUUCUGAUGGAGCAGGUUAUGUUCGACCGCCACCACAUUUGCGACGCACAGGAAAGAAGCCAUCGAAUCUCUCAGAGGUUCGAGAAUCAUUGUCAAGUCUCAUUGAAGAUCCUCAUUCUAUGGUCGCUUCAACGAAUUUUGAGUCUGAUUCAGAUGAUGAUCUGGAAAUUGAAGGAAAUCCAGAACAAGGAAGCCAAAAAAAUCGUGAUCCUUUUGCCGUGCGCAGAACAGGCACCUCUAUCAUUGAUAGAAUACAACUUAAGCGUGAAUCUUCAAGCAAUGUUGCUGCCAAUAAGGAGCGUCUCGCAUUUGCUGCACCUUCAUCACAACCAGGUCACAGGGUAGUACCUCUACUGAGAAAAGCCACGACAAAUAGCAGUAUCUUGUCUGGAACAUCAAGCACGGGUGUCAGUACUGGAAUGUCGGCAACAGAGCGAAUGGCUGGUGGGAAGGAUGAGGGAUCCAGUAUUAGGAGGGGAGGGGGAAAGCAUAGUGGAGUGAACUCUUUCGUCAGGGAAAGUGGGCGAAAGGCUAUGAUGGAGAAGAAGGAGAAGAGAAGAGAACAGAAGAAAUUCAAGGGUGUGGAGAGUAGGCGUAAGGCCGUUGGAGAGUGUUUGCCCAACGACUUUGGGUACUUCGAAGGAGAGCAGCCGGCUCAAAAUACAUUUUGUGAUACAUACUUUAUCAAACUCAGCAGUGAGAGUUCUAGUGUCACGAUUAUGGGAGAAGAAACACACACUAUGCAAAAGAUGCCAAAGUGGAUUUUCCUCCAAUCUUAUCUCCUCAACCCCACUAUGCGUGAUGGUGCAAUAUGUGUAACAAAGACAAGUCUGGAUCUUUUUGCAUCUCUGCUUGUUGAUUGUAAAGUCAUGUACGUACGGAGAACGGCAAUCGAACAAGCUGAGGGCGGGGAGUUAAACCCAGUGCCUAAGACGCUAGAGACCGAGGACGGACAAGCAAAAGACUCAUCGGCUUCUUCUUAA